GGUGGAUAUAAGUCAAUUGAGGGAUGUCUGACUCAUCUCAUCCUUCACUUCUUUUUCCCUCUCAAGCUCCAGGAAGACGAGCUUCGGGAGGCUGUGUUGCUGGUGUUUGCGAAUAAGCAGGACAUGCCCAAUGCUAUGCCUGUGAGCGAGCUGACUGACAAGUUGGGAUUGCAGAGCUUGCGUAGCCGGACUUGGUAUGUCCAAGCAACUUGCGCUACCCAGGGUACAGGGCUGUAUGAUGGGCUGGACUGGCUGUCCCAUGAGCUGUCAAAGCGUUAACUACCCCAGGGGUAAAAUCCCUGCUGGAAGAAAAUUCCCAGGUUGUAUUUCUUGGACAAUUGAACUCUUGAGGACUCCUGAGGCAGCACUCCCUGCUCCUACCUACCCCCCUACCCCUCCUACACACACACACACACACACACACACACACACACACACACACUCACUCACACACACUCACACACUCACACUCACACUCACACACACUCACACACUGUUACAGCUGCUCUUGCCUGCAUGUUCUCUCUUACCAGGACCCAAAAGACUAACCCUCUGGGUACUGGGGGGAGCGGGGAAGGGGUUGUCUUCUGACUCCCUGGGAACUGUGGAAGCAGCUGCAGGAACCAAGGCCUUCCAGAAAAGAAACUGGGUUGACUUUUGAUUUCAUUCUUUUGGGUAUACUUCUUUGGGGGUAUGUGGGGAGGGGGACCAGACUGGUGCAGUGAUUCAGCACUUAAUAUUGAAUAAUAAAUUUGCUGUGGUUUGUA